CAGAAACUCUUGACCAUCCCAGCGAUUUUUCUCGGCGCUCCAACGGGAUUUGUCACGGCAUUCAUGGAUUCUGGAGUCACUGUCGAGGAUACAUCCAAACCCUCCAAACACAGCGUUAAUGCUGUGUAACCUGCCAAAGGAGCCACCGUUAAACUAUCCGAGAAUAGAUAUCACCCCGCCAUCUUUUCCCCUCCAAAUACUAACCGCGAUCGAGGUUUUCUGGGGAAUUGUUGAAAAAAUAUAUCGGAAGAAUGAUGUUGGCGAUCGGCGGUCAUGUCAGGAACCGCGACAUGAACAGUAUGAUCUACGGCUGCAUUUGCAUACAGAGACAUGUGGUAUGGGUUCCAAGCUGCACAUAUUGUUAUACUUGCCCACGAGGCUGUUUUUCUUUUCGGUGGGUUUGACAGCCAUGUCACCCACAAGGACAAGGUGUCGAGCACCACCCCACCAGAGAAUGGCACACUCAACAGGUCGGAUCUCGAAAAUACUUCGGUCAAGAUCUUUUCGCGGUCAACCGCGAUGUUACUAUUCUGGUACUUUAGGCAAGCUGUCUUGGCAAAUAUGCUUAGAGUAGCUGAGCCACCGUUGGAACAUGAGUCAUGACGUUCUGACAAGAACAUACUAGACUGGCGGCCCCAGCGGGCGGAAAAGAUGGUAUGCGAGUUGAACACACGGUUGCAUGGGCUCUCGGGGUACACAAUAUCAGGGAACACAAGGAAGAGUCGAGGGUAUGGGUCGUAGUCUGAAGAUACUAUUGCUUGAGAAUCAUCCCGGCGUGGCUGAUGCUGAUUGUGGGAAUAUGGUUGAUAUAUAUAUUGUCCGCUGCUAAAUUAUAUACAUCUGGCAGCCUACACAGCCUUGAAAUUCGAUAUUAUUUUUAGGAAAUAGAUCAGCGAGAUA